GACGUUAUUUGGCAUAAAAGCGUAGAUUCCUAAAUUCCUUUUCUUUCGAUAUAAUACAUGUUAAACUUUUUCAUAAUUAGAAUUACUUUUUCGUGAGCUUCAUUUUACCCAUCCGUAUAGUCAUCAAUUCGUCUUCUAUCCCGCGCAGGGCAGCCAACACAAAAAAACCCAAAAUCCCAAGUGAGCGAGUGUCUCCGGGCAUUUUCAUAGAAUCGUAUCAUACUUUGGCAUGUUGAGAAUUCCAAACGCAUUUAGUGAGUGAUCGAGUGUAUUGUGUACAAUCGCGUUAGGGACCCCAUAAUUUCAAGGACUAGUGGGAACCAUGCCUUUCGAGUGAGUUGAAUAUCAGCGUCCAUUAACCCAGAACGCGUUCACGUCAGCCCUACACCGCCAGUGCCGCCAAAACGCCGCUCGUCCCAGCGGACGCAAUGUCAGGCGGCGGACCCUUCGAUAUCUUCGGCCGCAUCAAAGACAUCCUGCGCGGCUUCACCACCCUAUCGAAGGAUAAUUCACUGAAGAGGAGGGCAACAGAUGAAUCCAGCCAUCCGCCUAUGACCAAAUACCGCCGGGUCAGCAAUGUAUUUCCACAGGUGAUCGCCAAACCUCUUGAAGAGGAUUCGAUUUUCACACAUCCAGCCAGCGUCGACUUGAGUGCGAAUAUGACCGACAGGAAGUCAUCGCAACACUCUCGACUCAACAACUCGAAUUCAAAGUCUAACAUUUCAAAUCCCAAUUUGAAUAGCUACGCUGAAAUAGAAUACUCAGACGAUGACGAUGAUGUAAUUUUCAAAAAUCCACGGCACCGAACUGUGGUCAACAGCACGCCUAGCACGACAGGGCUGGAGAAUUUCAAAAAACAUCAAUUAAAUGCAAUUUUUCCGGAUCAUAUACCCGUCAUCGUUCGCAAUACCAGACCAAGAACACUGAACACCAGCAAAAACAAUAGCAGGACAUCAAAACCCGUUUUAAAUGGAAAUAUAUCUGACAUACCGCCUUUAGUCCGAGCAUUUAAUAACAGUCGUGAUGUUUCUCUCACGAAAUCUGAUUCGUCUGGUGAUACGUGGCAUAAACGUCUCUCUGCCAGGCCUUCUCGCGAAUCAACAAAGUGUAUUCCACCGUUAAUUGAUACCCGAACCGGCCGUUUGGCCGCUCCUAGUAUUACGAUCGAUAGAGCUGCAGAUUUUGGAUCUUCACGAACAUACGUGAAUGGAAUUGACUAUCCAAAUGAAACAAAGAUAACGAACGGUAUCGUCGCUGAUUCCUAUUCCAGGGUAUCAUCGAUAUCCCAACAACAAUCGCAUCCGUCGCAAACUCAGCGAAAGGUAAGAAAUUCUUCCGCUGAGAAAGCUUUCGGUAUCCGGGAUCGUAAUACCUACAUGGAGUUGCUGAAGAGAAUCGCUCCUGCAUUGUAUAAGUCCAAUGAUAGCGAACGUGAUCGCCAGCAAUUGGGCCAACUUGCCGAUGCCCGCAAUGCGAAAUCAGCCAAUCAACGGACAGUUGUCACUGUAGAGUUGCUCGACGAUGAGAACGAUGAAACUCAACAGAAGGAUAUUAUUGAUUUGUCAAAUGACGAUAUACAGAUGAUUUCUGCUUGUCAAAAAAUCCAAAGUAGCACAAAAAAUGAAAGGAAAGUUGGUUUGCCUGCUGUUGAACCGGUGAACUCUUUGAAGGAUAGAUUGGAAAGUACUCCCGCGUUGCAGCCGGAUUGGUUGGAGAAAUUCUCGAGUGUAUACAAAGAGAGGUCGAGGUUAAACAAGCAACAUAUUAUUGAGGCUGAGGAAAAUGCUCGCAAAUUUUCCAAGGAUACUGAACAGCAGGAGAAGUUAUUGGUUGACAAAUUACGUAAUUGUAUGGUCCAUCAAGAGACAAUAAUUUUGGAUGAGUCCGAAGAGGAGGAGGAAGAAGAAUUCCCAGAGUUCACAGAAGAGCAGCAUUCCAUUGUGAAAAGGGCGCUGUAUCGUGGAUCGCAGGAUGAGGUUUUAAUAUCGAAGUUCAACAUGAACAUAACCAGACGCGACAUCUACACAUUGGUCGGUGAUACAUGGCUUAACGACGAAGUGAUUAACUUUUACAUGAACCUUCUGAUGGAGCGUAGCGAGCAACGUAGUUCGGAAGGUCUUCCUAAAGUCUACGCUAUGAAUACUUUCUUCGUACCGCGUCUCCUUCAAUCCGGUCACGGAGCGGUACGCAGGUGGACGAGGAAGGUUGACAUUUUCUCGUACGACGUUAUACCAGUUCCUGUCCACGUGGGCCAGGUACAUUGGUGUAUGGCCAUUAUCCAUCUAAAGCAAAAAACGAUCAAAUAUUACGACUCCAUGGGAACGCCCAAUCCACGCUUGCUAAACGCACUCGAGGACUACUUAAGAGAAGAAUCGCUUGACAAGCGAAAAGAACCUUUCGACACAUCCAAAUUCCACAAAGAAAGCGUCGCAGAUGCUCCACGCCAGAUGAAUGGAAGCGACUGCGGUGUUUUCAGUUGCAUGUUCGCAGAAUAUAUCACCCGAAAUCGUCAGAUUACAUUUUCACAGGAGAAUAUGCCCUACUUCAGGCGUAAAAUGAUCUUAGAAAUAGUCCAAGGAAAGUUGCUUCUGUAAAAGGUCCUGUUUGAAUCGUUUAGAGUUUACACAAAAUUAUAACUAUUGAGAACUGAAAAAAUGAAAGGAACGUGAAAUAUUUAUUGUAUUUAAAUAAAAAGUGAGGACAAGUAUCUUUUUUAGUGGCUGCCCAAUGUGAACUCGGUUUUCCCAAUGACUUUUGGCGACUUGGUCAUUGAUUGAUGCGAGCGUGUGCGCUUUUAGGUUUGAGGUUGUUCGAAGUAAAAUCGUCUCAAUUUAAUGAGAUGGCGAAGUGUUGCGUCUGUGUAACUAUUAUUUUCAACACAAAACAAUAUAGAUGAGAAAUGUUCUUUGUUUCUAUAUUUAAAAAAAAUCUUCAUGUAGUCAUAAGUUCUUUUUUAUUUGUGAUUAGUUUCGAUUAAAUAAAAUAAUUCCUAGGAAAA